UCUGACUGUCUGCCUGUCUGCCUGUCUGCCUGUCUGCCUACCUGCCUGCUCAGCCAAGCCAGCUGCCAGGGCUUUUGAUACACAGUACUUGUUACAAUUUGUUAGGGCGACAAGCAGACGAGAAAGUCGGACGAACAAGGCCGGCCAGGUGCACGCUGCAUCAGGAGGAGGACGUCCGGCAAGACUGCCAAACAGGUUGACAGGCCACUCCAACACACACCAACAGUGGUAGAGUGCCCUUGCCUGCAGUCGGCUGUGGAGCAAAAGGAGCAGCGGGCUGGCUUUUGCUUGGUCGAGGCGACGGGACGACCUGCCUCUUGACGGGAAUAAGGUCUUGGCUCUCACCUCUCUGUUUCUCCGGCAGCUUGGCAAAGGAUCCUGCGCUGUGCCAGAAUCGGACUCGCUCAGCACUUCGGACUGGGGGCAAACCGCGCGCGCUUGGCUUCUUUUUAUCUGGCGGCUUCCCGCAUUCUCGCCAGAGGCGCUGGCGCAAAGCUGCGUUCCUCUACCUACUUGCCCAGGUGUCGCCCGCUCCCUCACCCGCCACCCAAUUGUCACAGCACAGCAGCCGGUGUGGUUGGAUCGGAGCACGGGGGAGAGAAAGAGAGAGCGAGAGUGAGUGAGAGAGAGUGUGUGACUGGUAACCCCCGAGGUCAACUCCUGGCCUGUCUGGGUGUGGCACGACACGACACGACACGACACGAUACCAGGCGCCCCGUUGUUGGCGCAUCCUAAUUCACUCCUGGCCCGGCCAAAAGGACCCCAUCGCCACUUCCGGCUUGUUUCUCAAAGGGCUCGGGCUUGUCCUGACAACCUCUCUUCUCCACAGCCCGUUCAACAUCCCGGCCGGUGGCUUUUGGGCGCGACGAGUGCUCUGAUAUGCUGAGACUCCUGGUGAUACCUGGAAUUUGUCUUGACAUCUGGGCGCAGCCCACCACGAGGCAGCGCCCCUUGUACCCGGGUUGAUCACGAACAAGCCGCACUACGCACUACGCACCACACAACACCCACCCCGAGCCGACUGUCGCCAUGACUGCUCACCAGUCCGCAAAGAACGUGAAGUGGGUUGAGGGCCUCAGGGGCAUCGCCUCGGUCAUGGUCAUCAUGACCCAUGUUGCUCGUGCCUUUGACUUCCCGCUCUUCUGGCCACGCGACGGACCAGACGUUGCCCCUCGUUUCUGGCAGCUUCCCAUCAUCCGCAUCCCGGCCCAGGGCAGGAUAGGCGUGCCCAUCUUCGCCUUCCUCACCGGCUUCGUAUGCGCCCUCAAGCCGCUCAAGCUUGGCCGGAACCGCCACCAGCAGGGUGACGCCCUCGUGACCGUGGCAAAGAGUGCCUUUCGACGGCCGCCCCGCCUGGUCCUGCCCGCCGCCAUCGCCACCUUUAUCAGCUUCUGCCUCACCGCCAUCGGGGGCUACGAGACGGCACACUUCUGCGACUCGUUCUGGGUCCGCUUCGACGCCCCCGGCAUGGAGCCCUCCUUCAGGCAAGAGGUCGAGCGCCUGUUCCGCUCGCUGCUGACCACCUGGACGAGCACAGACAACCCUUACGACCGCCACCAGUGGGCCAUGCGGCCGCUGCUGGUAGGCGCCUUCCAGGUGUACAUCCUGCUGGUCGCCACAAUGGGCAUGAGGAUGAGGUAUCGCAUGGUUGUCCACCUUCUCCUCAUGGCCUACUGGUGGCUGAACAGGCAGGCAAAGACCGAGACCUUUGGCUCGCUGAUAUCCCUCGGCACCCUCCUGGCAGACCUGUCUCUGCACCGCCCGACCCAGAGCCUGAUCGCCUCCAACCACCGGGUCCUGUCGCUUGUCGUCGCGCCACUGCUCCUUCUCAGCGGCCUGUUCCUCGGCUCUUACCCCCAGGAACACGAGGACUGGUCCCGGUGGUCCCUCGGCCUCCACCAGACCUUUGUCAACAUGGACCCACCCCCCGGCAUAUCUCGCGGAAGCCUCCUCGUGCCCGAGGGCACAGACGCUCGUCGCCGCUUCUCCUCGAUAGCGAUACAGUGCUGCGCGCUUGCCAUCUUCAUCAGUCCUUUUCUUCGCGAGUUACUGAGCAACAGGUACUUCCUUUGGCUCGGCCGACACUCCUUUGCCGUCUACCUGGUGCACGGAACCAUCCUCAGGACCGUCGGCAUGUGGAUCGCGUAUGGGCUGACGCCCAGGUUUGAGCAGCACGAGGACGGUUCUUUUGAGGAGUUCCUGCACAUACGGAGCAAGGGCAGGGUCUGGAUGGCGAUCCUGGUGUUCGUCGUGCUGACCUACACCGCGGCGUGGGCCUGGAUGCGCUGGGUCGACACCGCAUGUGCGCGGGCGACGCAGUGGCUGGAGAGCAAGGUGUUCCAGGCCGAGGACGAUGAGGACGCCGACGACGCCGAGAAGGGCUUUAGGGGCGGUCCGCCCGUCGACAAACACGCCAAAGACCACCAGCGGAUGGCCGACAUGGCGCAUGCAGGACCAGCGGUCGAGGCCAACAUCAAUGGAGGCUUUCCAUCGGCCGCUGGCGCUCAGAAUCAACGUCGCUCGCUCAGCCAGGCGGCCUUUAUGAACCUGACCUCACCCCUGAGGACUGGAUCGAUGGAUAACGGGAUUCGACCACCAUGAAACCGGGUCAGAUAAAGGUGCCGGCGACAACGAGGCCACAGAAUCGUGUCCUGGGCCUGCGACGCCUGCAGGCGUGCACAUUGGACCCCGGCAAACUGGACGGGGGAACGAGUCUCGGCUUAUGACUUUGAUACGAACAAUUGACUCCGGUUGAUGCAUUCAGCCAGCGCUACCAGGCGUUGCCCCUCACUCAUGAUUUGCCACCUUGUAGGGAUGCUUGGUGCUGAUGCAGAGUGGGAAUAUUUGUAUCUUCAGGCUUUUUCAUUGUACGUUGCAGCAGCACUGGGGACGCGUCACAGCAUAUGGAGCUGGCGCUUUUGACGUUAUGGCAUAGCAUGAUAUAACCACACAAGCGUUUUGAGAACCGAAGUACCAGGGAAAUGGUGGCAGAGGUCAAGCAACGAGGAAGAGGGAAGAAUGUCUUGAACGUGGGAAUAAACAAUUAACCACAGGCGUCUGGAGGUGGUGAAAGACGGCCGGCAGUAGACAGGCACAGUAGAGAGAGCCCUUUCCCGAACAAUCAUGGAUUGUGGCGUUCUGCCAUGGGCGACUCAUAGCACAACUCAUCGAUACCCUUUUAUUGAAACCAAUCAAAAUGUCACGAAGGAGUCGGUCGCCU